CGUGCUCCGGUUUGAUUUCUGUCUCUGCUGUCUGUUCGGUGCUCCGUCGGUCAGUGUUAUUGAUGUUUUUUGCCUCGACAUUUCCAUGGUAACUGUCCGGUCUAAGGUGUGAUCAGCAGCGAGGAGCCGAGCGAGUGUGCGAAGAUGGAGCUGGAGGAGAAAAACCCAGACCCAAAAUACGGGGAGUCCAGGAAGUUUGAUCCAAACUUCAAAGGACCGAUCCACAACAGGGGAUGCACAGACAUCCUCUGCUGUAUUCUCUUCAUCUUGGCUUUGUUGGGGUACUUUGCUGUCGGUAUCCUUGCCUGGUCUCAGGGAGACCCCAGAAAAGUGAUUUAUCCCACAGACAGCAGGGGGCAGUUCUGUGGACAAGCUGGAACACCUCUGGAGAAGAAACCUCUUCUGUUCUACUUCAACAUCCUGAAAUGUGCCAGUCCUCUGGUGCUGCUGGAGUUCCAGUGUCCCACCACACAGUUAUGUGUGGAAAGCUGUCCCGACAGGCAUCUCACAUUGAUGAAAGCCAAGUUAGGCAACAACGAGGACCGAGAAUACUACCAAAAAUUCUGCAAGGAAGGAGUGGACUUCGCCGCACUGCCUCCUCCUGAGCUCCUGAGUAAAGGCCUGUGUCCUGGCAUGCUGAUGCCCAGUAAAGCCUUCACGCGUCGCUGCCUUCCUGCUCUGGGAACGAUGAAAGGUGGGGUGGUGGUUGUCGGCAAUGAGACCACGUUCGAUUCUGGAGAAGGCGGCAGUAUUAAUGCCUCCGAGGUGCUGGAGGCAUCAAAGAAGUCAAAUGUGGUUGUAGAAGCUCGACAGGUGGCCAUGAGAAUCUUUGAGGACUACACUCAGUCCUGGCACUGGAUAUUACUUGGUCUGGUGAUAGCCAUGGUUGUCAGCUUGAUUUUUAUCGUCCUCCUGCGAUUCCUAGCUGGUGUCAUGGUCUGGCUCGUGAUUGUUUUGGUUAUCCUAGUGAUUGGAUAUGGUAUUUUCCACUGUUACAUGGAGUACGCCAGUCUGAAAGGAGAACCCGGCGCUGACGUCACCAUCCGUGACCUCGGCCUGCAGACCGACUUCUCUGUCUACCUGCAGAUCAGACAGACCUGGCUGGCCUUCAUGAUCAUCCUGGCUAUUGUGGAGGUCAUCAUCAUUCUGCUACUCAUCUUCCUCAGGAAGAGAAUCCUGAUUGCCAUCGCACUCAUCAAAGAGGCCAGCAGAGCUGUCGGCCAUGUUAUGUCGUCACUGUUCUACCCACUGCUGACCUUUGCCCUUCUGGCUGUGGUGAUCGCUUACUGGGCCAUUACUGCUGUCUUCUUAUCCACAUCUAAUGAGCAGGUGUACAAAGUGUUCAACAACUCUGAGUGUCCGUUUUCCCGAGAUACCUGCGACCCCCAGACAUUCAACACCUCCAAUGCUUCAGCUCAGUGUCCGGAUGCAGAGUGCCUGUUUGCCUUCUACGGUGGUGAGACUGUCUACCACAAAUACCUCAUUCUGUUCCAGUUCUACAACGUCUUCCUUUUCUUCUGGUGUGCCAACUUUGUCACGGCCCUGGGUCAGGUCACUCUAUCGGGUGCCUUUGCCUCGUAUUACUGGGCCUUCAAGAAGCCCGAUGACAUCCCUGCCUACCCCAUCUUCUCCUCUCUGGGUCGGGCUCUCAGGUACCACGCAGGCUCUCUGGCUUUUGGUUCUCUGAUCCUGUCUUUGGUUCAGGUUAUGAGGGUCAUUCUGGAGUACCUGGAUCACAAGCUAAAAGGUGCUCAGAACAAAUUUGCCAAAUUCCUGCUGAGCUGCAUGAAGUGCUGCUUCUGGUGUCUGGAGAAAUGUAUCAAGUUCCUGAACAGAAAUGCCUACAUCAUGAUUGCAAUCUAUGGAAAAAAUUUCUGUACCUCAGCUCGAGAUGCCUUCUUCCUUCUAAUGAGGAACAUUGUCAGGGUGGCUGUUUUAGACAAAGUGACUGAUUUCCUGCUGUUUCUUGGGAAGCUCCUCAUUGUUGGCAUUGUGGGGAUUUUCUCUUUCUUCUUCUUCUCUGGGAGAAUCAAAGCUGUAGAGGAGGCUGCACCAUCUCUCAACUACUACUGGGUGCCAAUACUGACAGUAGUAGUGGGAUCCUACCUCAUCGCCCAUGGCUUCUUCAGCGUGUACGCCAUGUGUGUGGACACACUUUUCCUCUGCUUUUGUGAGGACUUGGAAAGAAAUGACGGCUCCUCCGAGCGGCCUUACUUCAUGUCCCCUGAGCUGCAUGAGAUCCUCUCCAAAACGAAGAGAGUGGAGGAAGAUCGCGACGGCGUUGAGCAGGCAGACGCUGCCAAACAAGUGGACGAGGUGAAGCUGGAGGAGGAGACGCCUCUUCAGCAGCAGGACGGAGAAAUUCAGCUGAAACAGCAGACGAUGCUCAAGCAGGACAACGAGGAGGAGCAGCCUCUGCAGUCCAAGACGGAUGCUGAAGACGAGCCAAAAGAGGAGAAGACAGAAGAGCAAAAAGUCAGUCUGACAGACGAGAGUGAAAAGAAAGAAGAUCCAGUGAUUAUGGAAGUGGCAGAAGAACAGGAGGCAAAAACAGAAGAAAAGACUGAGGAGGCUACGGCUGUGGAGGCUGAGAAAGAGGAGACUGGUGAAAAGAAAGAGGAGCCUAAAGAAGAUAAUCCUCCGUCUGCACCACAGGAGUAGAUGAUGCAAAACAACUGAGGCCCCUCAUGACGCUUAUAGAAUGAAAGAUGUGCAACUUUGUGAUAUGGACCUGUUCAAUGUACGGCAUAAAACACGCUAAAAAUUCAGAUCGCCUUGCUAUGUGAGUGGAGUGACAUACGUGCGGAGACGGUUGUGAAGGUCGAAGCAGGUCAAAAGCCCAGUGCAUCUCUGUAGCUUGAAAAAAGAAUAACAAAAAACGCUCUUGUGUUGGUUUUAGAACAGUGUUGGUUUUUAUAUUGUGAAGAUCUGUAGAACUUUGUGAGUGCUGAACCUGUGCCUGAUUACUGUCACUGAUAUUUUGUUGUCUUAAUCUUGAAUGCACUACAGAACCACUUAAGUACCGUGUUUACAGUCGGAACAAACGCAUCUCAACCGGCGGUGAAUCUCUUUCACUGUUUACAAUAAUACCAGCUGACGCCAAAAUGUUACAGACAUAUUUGAUAUACUGUGUGAAUAUUGGGUCUUUCUUUUUCCUAUGAAACUCGUGUAUAUACAGUAGUGUACGUCUGUUAUGUAUUUUUUGGCUUCAGUCUCGCAGAGAUCCUCGCCAAGAUGGGAUCCCGUGUAUUGUAUUGCCACCUACUUGCCUUGGUAUUUCUGACUGGCAUAAGUGCUGUGAUUGUGUCGCCAUGAGGCAACCAUCAUGACCUCUCGGACUCUAUAGAUUCCCUCCCCUCACCUGUUUACCGAGUCCACCUGCCUUGCUCUGUCCCUCCCCUCGGUCUGUCUCUCUUUCUCUAAGUGCUGCAUGGUAUUGACAUGGCCUUUCUGAAUGCUCGCAACUAACAUCUUAAAUCUCUGGAUGCUUUUGUAUCUUUUAUCUCUUGUCAGUUGAUUUUUUUCCACUGAAAUUUACUGAUGACAUUCCAUAGUUAUUGGAUGUAAAUCUGGACUAAAAGUGAUUGUAUUUAAUCAUAGUUCUGUUAUGGGAGAACACGUGUAUUUUUGAGGUCGUUCGGUGUAUGAAGCAGGUGAGUUUUCAUGUCAAAGCUGGCCAAGACUUUGAUUUUGUCUUUAAAGGGCACUACUGCAACUCUUUUACAUGUCAAAAUCAAUUUAUUAAUUAUAAAGACUGCUGGUCAAAUGAAACCAGUUGUACAAUGUGGUCUUUCGCUGUAAUCCCUGGUUGCAUCUAGGCGCUACAAUUUUUUAAUAGAAGCCUGAAGAUUCUGAAAACUCUUUAUCAGCAAAGCGAUUGAGUUGCACCAUGGGAACUGUAGGUUUUUGUAACGAAAACCAAGAUAUGUUUACUUCUGUUUUUUUUUUGUUUGCUUGAUUUAGAGCAUUGGGCCACAAUUUUUUUUCAUAUUUAGCUGGUAACCUCUUAAAAUGAUGUGUAUACUUGUGACCCCUAAUCACUUGUUAUGGACUUUGUGCAGAAAUUAUUUAUGAGCAAACAUAAUAAACAAUUCUUUGUAACCUAAAUAAA